CCUUCGAUCGAAAAAAAAACAUCCUUGCUCCGUGUUCGUCUUGUCUUCCGGCACCACGCUACGCGUUGCUCGAGGGAAGGGAGCGAGUUUUCCGAGGAAAUGAAUGCACAGUGAUCGCCGGGGAGGCGAGGCGAUUCGGCGCGGUGACGCUCUGUUUCCGUUCGCCGUUGACCCGCCGCCUUCCUCUCCUCCACCAACAGAUAACCCAGAACCGAGACGGCUUAGGGGGUGUGAUUGCUCUGCUCACGUCGCCACCCGGAGUGCAGAGCAAACCCGCCGCCGCCGAGGAGCGGGAGCACUCCAUCGCGACCAGAGCUUCGGCGCGGGACACAACCUGUUCGACGGAAUGACCGAGAGGCUGUGCAGCAAGAAAGCGUCUGUGGCUAGCGGCGAUGAGGACCGCCCACGCUGCCGGACGAACUGAUCCAGCUGGUGCUGUCAUUCCUGCCCUCGCGCCAGGUCGUGCAGACGUGCGUGCUCGCCACCCGCUGGCGCACGCUCUGGAAGUCCGUGCCGGCCAUUCGCCUCGACGCCUAAGCUGGGACCUACCAGUUUGGGCAGGACCUGAGCCAUUUUGUCCAUAGCCUUCUCCGAUAGCGUGAAUGUGAGAUCCUUUUUAAUGGCGAUCAUCGCCAUGAUUGCUACGAGGAGGAGAUUCAGCAAGACUUUGAGCUGUGGCUCCGUUAUGCUGUGUCAUGCAAAGCGAGGGUUAUUCGACUUGAAAUAACUGUUUAUCGUCCUUUGAGGAUAUUUCCUGGGACUCUUAUCUCCCAGCACUUGACAAGGUUAAUUCUUUAUCGUGUCCAGUUUGAGGAUUUCUCUCUUGAUGUUUUGGGCUGUCAGUUACUGGAGGUGUUGGACAUUCAAGACUGUAUAAUCGACAUUGAGACUGUUUUCCCAAAAUCUCUAAAACAUCUGGCGAUCAGAGAUACAGGUCUUUUCCCAAUGGAAACCCGGUGUGUUAUUUCUGCGCCAGGUCUGGUUAUCUUGGAACUAUACGACUGUGUGGGUUGGACUCCGUUGCUUGAGAGCCUGCCAUCAUUGGUAACGGCAUUUAUCAACACUGGACCCUACUGCGGAGAUAAUUGUAGAAAUAGUUCUAACGGGGACUGUGGUCUCGAGUCCUGUGUGGAGUGCUAUGGUAUAGAUGAUUGUGUGCUUCUCCAAGGUUUAUCAGGCGCUACGAAUUUAGAGCUGAUAACCCACAAGUCUAUGAUCUUCAGAAAUGAUGUAAAAUGGUCCCCUAUGUUUAGCAAGGUAAAAACAUUGUUGCUCGGUGACUGGUGUAUGGCUGCUAACUUCAGUGGACUAGUUUACUUUCUCCAGCACUCACCAAUUCUACAGAGGCUUACGCUUGAACUUGCUAGUCGCUCUGAGGAAUUUGUCAUUGAAACGAGUGAGAUCUACAACCCAGCGGAACAAUUUUUGGUAUCAAAACAUCUCAAGGUAGUCAAAAUCAAUCAUGUGAAAGACGAUAAAAGGAUUCACCAAUUAUUGAAGGUCCUUGCUUAUCAUGGAGUACAUUUGGAACUAAUAAACAUUGAAGAGAAGGAGGACGCUCGUGAACGCUUCAGUUUUCAGCACGAGUAGCAGUUCAGAUCAUCGACUAUCAUCGCUUCUCUACUCAGAGACUGCCAUGUCCCUGAAUGUUACACUGAUAAGGUGGUACUUCCUGCGUUUUAUGAACCGAGAUGGUGCGCCUGCCCAUCACGUCCAGUUCAGUAUGUCAUGUGCCUCGCCUGGAUGCUGUUGGAAAGGCUUAAACCCGUCCCCGCAUCGCUCUUGCUCGUUUCAUGAACAAAGUCAGUGUCAGGCCUGAACUGAUCAAGCUGCUGAAGUCCUACGUUUUGUUUAGUCGUUUCUGGUACAACUUAUUAUGUUAAAAUGUUGCGUAUC